AUGAACCCUUUACAUCCGCCCCUGCCGCCACCCUCGCCAGUCGACAGCGGUUACAUGGACCCUCAUCAUCAAGAACACCUAAGGCAACGCUUUCAGCCAUCCCGGCCGGCCUCAGCCAUCGGCAUCCGACAGCCGCGUCGACCGUCGUAUUACGACGACCUUGAAGAUGAGGAAAGCAUGCCUCGGGUCGGCCGGAAGCCUUCGGUCAAGAUUGGGCGCCUCCCCCAAACGCACAAAACGCGGGGUUAUGAUGACGAGUCGUUUGCGGGCGAAAGUCUCGCAUAUCGAGACCUCCCCUCCCAGGGAUAUCCCCCACGGGACUUGUCCCGUCGGUCCGGUGAAUUCAGCAGCUCGCAACCGAGGACAAGGCGCAUGUCAAUGAUACCCCCGGAGACGCUGCAGCUGCAAGGCCCGCGUGAGGUCAGAUCCCGGCCCAACUCGCUCUACGGCGGCGGAGUCGACGUUGAUGAUCUCGAUUAUGAGUAUGGCUAUAGCGACAAAGUCAAUGAGCAGCUCAUCAAAGCUGGUGUCUAUCAAGAUUCCGUUGCGGGCCAGACGCAGGCUCUUACCAAGGACGCGCUGCAGAAGGCUACAAGGCGCAGCCAAGGUGGCAGCAGCAGGUCGACCCGCAGUAGCAGCAGCCAUGACGAGAGCGAGUGGCGGCAUUCUAACACGACGCGCACCACACGGUCCAUCGGAGAGGAAGAUGUCACCAUCAGGGUAAAGGGCCAUGCCGUCGUUGAAGUCUCGGGCACCAAGAUUGAGUGCCAGGACGGCAGCGCCAUCAGCAUCUCAUCGCGACCGUCGCAUCCCCAGGCCCGCUUGAUAGAUAGCGACAAGGGAAGCACAGCCUAUGACGAUCGGAAAUCUCGCAUCGAGAGGUUGCCUAGCCGCAGCAGGGCCAUCAGCCAGUCGGCCUAUUCGCGGAACCAGCCAGUUUACGAGACGUACGACUAUGAUAGGGUCUGGUAA